GAUUAUUUUACGGAUGAAAACAGAGUACUUAAAAAGGACCCUCAGCAGGAUUACCAUCUGGAAUAUGCCAUGGAAAACAGCACACAUACAAUAUUGGCUUUUAGCAGGGAACUGCACACUUGUGAUACAAAUGACAAAAGCAUAACGGAGAGCACGGUGCGGGUAAUAUGGGCCUACCACCACAAAGACAUGGGAGAAGCAGGUCAAAAUUACCAUGGGUCUAAUCGUGGUACAAAGAGUCUACGUUUACUGAAUCCUGAGAAAGAAGAAGAAGUCUUAUCUGCCUCUUUGCCAUACUUUGACUUGACAAACAAAGACGUGCCUGUACCAGACAAGGAUACAACAUAUUGGUGCCAAAUGUUUAAGAUUCCCGUACAAAAUGAAAAGCAUCAUGUGACAAAGGUUGAGCCAUUGAUCCAGAAAGGCCAUGAGAAUCUGGUGCACCAUAUCCUGCUCUACCAGUGCAGCAGCAAUUUGAAUGACAGUGUGCUGGACUACGGGCAUGAGUGCUACCACCCCAACAUGCCAGACUCUUUUCUUACAUGUGAGACGGUCAUUUUUGCUUGGGCCAUUGGAGGAGAGGGCUUCACCUACCCUCCUCAUGUCGGCUUAUCCAUUGGCACAGCAGCUGACCCUCAGUUCGUUCUUAUGGAGGUACAUUAUGACAAUCCAUUAUACACAGAAGGCUUGAUAGAUAACUCUGGUCUGAGGCUAAUUUAUACCCCAGUUAUAAGGAAAUACGAUGCUGGGGUUAUUGAAGCCGGUCUUUGGGUCAGCCUCUUCCACAAUAUCCCACCGGGCAUGCCUGAAUUUGUGUCAGAGGGUCACUGCACACUGGAAUGUCUGGAAGAGGCUCUAGGUGCUGAGAGACCUGCUGGGAUUCAAGUGUUUGCGGUACUUCUUCAUGCUCAUCUUGCUGGCAGAGCAAUCAGGAUGCGCCACUUCCACAACGGCGAGGAGCAGAAGCUGCUUGCUUAUGAUGACGAGUUUGACUUCAACUUCCAGGAGUUUCAGUAUCUGAAAGAAGAAAGAACCAUCUUGCCGGGGGAUAAUUUAAUCACGGAAUGCCACUACAGUACUUUGGACCGAAUUCGCAUGACAUGGGGUGGUCUGAGCACCAGGAACGAAAUGUGCCUGUCAUAUCUUCUCUACUACCCGAGAAUCAACCUCACCCGAUGUGCAAGUAUUCCAGAUAUAAUGGAACAGCUCCAGUUCAUUGGUGUUAAGGAAAUCUAUAGACCAGUCAGGACUUGGCCUUUCAUUAUCAAGAGUCCUAAGCAAUAUAAAAACCUGUCUUUUAUGGAUGCAAUGAACAAAUUCAAAUGGUCCAGAUCGGAGGGUCUCUCCUAUAAUGAGCUUGUGCUUAAACUACCAGUGAACGUGAGAUGUUCAAAAACAGAUAACGCAGAAUGGUCGAUCCAAGGCAUGACAGCUUUACCCCCGGAAAUAGAGAGACCGUACAAGACAGAACCAGUAAUGUGCAGCUCGUGUUCCUGUUUACGUUGCAGUUUAUUCCUCACCCUGUUGUUUGUUGUACAUGUCACAGCCAGCACCAUAGGAAGCAUUGGGCCCUUUGUAUAAUAAUUUUUAUUCGUUUGUGUUCUGUAUGCCAUGCAAGUUCCGAUGUGUUUGCACUGUUGCUAUUGUAGAUUUAUUUUUUUACAUAUUAAUAAACUAAAUUUGCCAGUUCAAAAUAAAACGUGUACUUCCUC